CGCGUAGCAGGCUAAGCAGGGGUGAAUCGUAUGACUCAUUCAGGUGUACAGGUGGUGGGGGAAUAUUCAGCCAAGGCUCGAUCAAACUUAGCAGCAGUAUCAGCACACUUUCUGCACCAUCAGUGCUUACGCAGUGUCUGGCUGUGUAGCGGUGCAUUCACGUUUGCCCCUAUGCAUGCUGAGUUAGACUACAGAGCUGGAGCAAGGCAAGGAGAGUGGUGGGCGAGACGAAGUAAGAGGGCCCCCCUUGACGUCGGUAGCGCUGACUUUUACAACCCGUUUCUUGAGCCAUCUGGUUCUGUGGAUUCUUAAUGUGGAGUUCCUCCCUGCUCUUUACAAGACGUCAUCGCCCUGUCUAAAUGUUAGGAACUAUACCAGCCAUGGACGAGGAGCUAGCUGGUGCAGUAGUGCGGUGUGAUGCGGGAUCAGAGGGGUGCACCAUAGAGGAUGCUGCCCCAGAGAGAGAUAAGAUACCAUCCCUGGAGGAACAUUCUAAGGAGGAAGGGGAUGAGAGACAGAAGGAAGGGGACAAUGUGAUGAACGAUGAUGAUGAUGAUGAUGAGGAUGAUGCUUCCUCUGGCCCAAGUAGGGGUAGGAUUGAUACAGCAACAAGCGGUGGAUCGCUGGAUGAGUGGUGUGUUAUGUCAGAGGCAUCGGUGAAUCGAGAGAUUUUUCAGGAUCUUCAGUCUCAUGAUGAGAUAUCCCAGCUUGCCUCAUCCCUUGUCACGAGAGAUUUACUGAAGCAAGCAGAGGAUCAGGUCUCCACCAAACUAGUCGAUCAAAUCUUCAGAAGUAUACAGGAGGUCACAGAGCUGGAUCCACAGAUUGUGAAGAGCUUUCUGUUGUCACACAGCCAUCCACAGGGUGGGGGAGAGAAACCCGAUGACAUCACUUUAUUGGUCGAUCUGUUUAUGGAACUUCUUCAGUGUUCUCCUUUGCCGGUAGAACACAACCACCUGUGGCUGCAACUCCUAUAUGUCCUCAUCCUCGAUGGUAGCAACCUGUUGCUCUUCAUCAAGAAGAAGGUGGCAGCCACCGUCUUAGGCACCAUGGCAGUUCACAGACCACAGGCUUCGAUACAAGAGAUUGGCUGCACUGUACUUUAUCCACUGGCAAAGUUUAAUCAGAUUCCAGACUUGAAGGCGCCAAUCCGCGAGAGUGGAAUACAGGUCAUUCUUCAGUCCAUGGAGAAACAUAGAAAGAGUGAAAAGCUGAUGAUCAAAUCCCUGCAGGUCCUUGCCAAUGUGGCAUGCACAAUGUCAAGUUAUAGCAGUUGGGCUAUACAGCAAGAGUUUACUGAGGAACAGUUGGACCGACUUAUGUCUUCCGCCAGUGACACCCUAGACUACAUCAAGACGGAGGCUGUUCCUUUCAUCCAGAUGGUCAUGGAAGACUUCAUCAAGAAUGAUGAGAUUCAGAUGGAAGGGAGGAGGAUCGUGGCCUGCUUCGGGUAUCACUCUCCGAGAAGUAUUUUGGGGACUCCAAAGAAGUCCCAUUCCAUGCCAAGGACCAAGAAGGCUAAAGUAGAUCUGGGCCCUUCCAAGGAAUACCUGCAGACACGGAGAGUCACCUUUUCCAACGUGUUGGAUGUGAACGCCAUUGAGACCGUAGAGCUCGAGGACGACGGGAGCCCGAAUUAUCGCAGGAGACACUCUUUCUGCGUAGGAGACAUCAAGAUCGCCCAACAACGACUUCAGGAGAAGGACAGCGAGAUGGGUAAGACUGUCUCAAGAGCUGUGGAUGACUCCAACAUCAAGUACCAGUGCCCAACACCGUCUGCACCGUAUGAAGACAGCGAUAUGGAAUCGAGUCAAUGGAAAGUGCCACUGAUUCAGAUAAAGGAGUGGAGAACUGUCGAAGGAGAGGACGAUGAUCAUGGUUACGAACGAGUUAUCAACAUUGAUCAUGAUACCGGUGGAGAUGAGGCGGGUAGUCCUCUGAAACCUGAGAGAGGAAAUUUAGAGGAAGAGGAUGAUGAGGAUAUAAAUGCUUAUGAAAAGGUGGAGGUAGAUGAAGGGAAGCAGACUGAUGCCAAUGAGAAUGACUAUACAGAGCUUGAAGCUCUAAUGGCUCAGCUUGAAGAGAUUGCUGGACAUGAAAAUGCAGCCGAUAGAAAGGCAUCGGGAGAGGAUUAUGAUCAAGUUUUUGAUGAGGCUGAAAGUUCUGAUGUAGAUGGAUACGAAGUGCCUAUGACCGAGGAAGAAGUUUUAAAAAGCCGAAGUGCAAGCAUGGAGAACCUUGUGGACUCCAUGGAAGAGGACGAUUUUGGGGUUUCCCUCGCGAUUCUGUUUGAUGAUUUAGGGGAGGAUGAUGAUGGAUAUGAAAAAAUUGAAAUUGGAGCUCAGGAAGCAUGUCCGGUAACGGCUGAGGCAGGAAUUGAAGACGAGUGUGUGAAAAGUGAAGUGGAAGCAACAGAACAAUGUAUUCCCAAACAGGAAGAAGAGGAAACCAUGGAGGAUGAAAGGAGCCGUUUCUCUGAGUAUUCAGAGAUAGACAUUGUAGAAGCACUGGUAAAGUCUGGGCUUAUGAAUGCUCACACGGACAAAAACAAUUCAGGUCAAACGUCUUCCAGUGUAGAUGCAAAUGAAAGUGAAAUGUCGCAAACUGUAAAAUGUGAAGUUGAGACGCCUCGUCCAGACUCAGGGGAAACCAGACUCAAGGAGCAGGCUUCCACAGAGAGUUGUGAGGAGUCCGUCUUCAGCGAUGAAUCAACAUGUAUGCUUCUUAGGACAGAAGAAGAUAUCAAAGUAGACAUGGAACAUGAUGGAAAUAUGAAAGAAAGUUGUGAGAUGGAGACCAGUGAAUCAGACAUUAGCAAUGCUGAUGACAACAUCAAUAAUGUCAAUGAGAAUGAAGAGGUUCAACCAGAGGAGAAGAAGGACAAUGGCGAAGAAAAGGGGAAAGUCACCACCCGGUCUUUCAAAAAGUCUUUGAACAGCUCCUAUAAUUCUAUCACAGCAAACCUUUUGCGCAAGAAAAGAACUGCUGAGAAACGUCAAGGUAGUGUCUUUGGUGAGGAUAUCAGAAUAGAGAACGUGAACUUCCGUGGUGACUCAUUGGACUCGGAUGAUGGUUACCAGGAUAGUGGUGACUAUAAGGAAACAACUUGCAGCGAUGUCAACAACUCCUUUGGGUUUCCAGCUCCUGCAGCUGAAGAUGGACAGUCUGUGGAUUUGGAGUAUGCCAGUGACUCUAGUGCAGGUCAGAAUGGUCUCUGUGAUGAUCCAGUGUACGACAACGUGUGCAUGGACGAUGACGACAAUCUGGAUAGGAAUGUAUUCAAUAGCAGUCCGGUCAGUUCGGUCAGUGCCACGUUCACAGAGGGUAGCGAGGAUGCUGUCCAAGAAGAGAAGCAGGAGACACAGUCCAUGGGUUCCCUUGAGAACAUCUGUAACCUUGGUGAACUCCGAAUGCGUAAUGUCAUCUCUAAAAGCAUCCACUGCCUCCCGAGUGGGGACAGACAGCUGAUGAAAGAAGCAGAGGAAGGUACACCACCUAAGCCACGCAGGACAUGGUACUAUCGCUCCAGCGCUGACGUCCGCAAGAGCCUCAUCCGUAGCUUCGGCUUGGACACGGAUGGAAUCAUGCGCAACCCGACCUACGCACAGGUUUCCAAACCCAACUCCCGUGUCAUCCAUGGAAGCCUCCCAGGGCGUUCCAAUCAUGGAGCAGGUCACAGGACGAUGAAGCGUAUCCCUCUGACUCUGAGCCGACACAGCAAGAUGAUCUACAAGGAGAGGUUCUCGUCAAAUUCCUCUAAGCUUGGUAGGAACACCUCCCAUGAUUCAGGGGUCCUGACUGGAGAUGAAGAUUCCAGAUCAACCAUCAGAGACAAUGAGAUUAAUCAAACACAUCUCUACGAGGAGGUUGCUACAAUAACCAGCAGAGGUGGGGAUCGCUCCGGAGCUAAAUCAGAAGUCAGGAAGACCCUCACUAUGGAUGAGGAUACUACUGAGAAGGUUCAAAAGCCCAGUAUUGAGACUGAACGUUUCUCUGAGACUACCUAUGAGGUUUGCACCCAUUGGGUCAAUGACCAGACAUCAGAGGCCAUCAGCAUCUUUGACCGACUGACCAAGAAGCUUAUGUCCCCAUACUCCAUCAUUCCCAUGGUGCGAGAGGUGGAAGGCAUCCGGCGGAAGAGCCUCGGUAAUGCCAUAGAGCAGGAGGAAGAUGGCAUCGACUUUCCAGCCUGGACCAGUAUCCUCAAUGUCUUAGCCGCAGAUGAGGAGAAGUGGAGCCUGAUAUUAGCAACUCAAGUCUUACCCGUGAUUGACAGACUCUUCUACACCAAAGACGAAGCCAUCAUGGAUGCUGCCAUUGAGCUUGUCCAUGUCCUGCUCAAGAAGUUUGCCAAAGAAAUUCAGAAGAAUCACCAUGGAGGUCUGUUCCGCACCAAGUUCCGGGAUGACUGCCGAACGUGCUACCACUGGUUGGGCAAGCUGCACACCAGGGUCAAGGACCUAGUGCGUAAGGAGACGGAAGCAGGGGAGAUUGACCUGGAUGAUAUGCUGCAUGCCUCUCUGCUCUGCUCCUUGAGUGAUGCCCUUAAGCCCUUCACCAGCAAGACCUACUCUGUCAAGGAGUCCAGCAAGUGAACGGGCAGGGAGCGAGGAUGGGUCAAAUCCCAUAAGGAACAUUUGUCAUGGUCAGAGAGUCCAAGACAGAGGGUGGUUGGGUGGAUGUAGACAGGCUCAGAGAACAUCCAAGAGUGCCUACCUGGAGCAACUAUGUGCCAACGUGCAGUGAAUCUGAAUCUGCAAGAAUGGACGCACACCAAAGCAGCUCAAGAACUAUGUAUAUGUAGCCAGGGAUGGGAUAGCUGCUUGAUGGGCACCACGUAGGCUUCUGGAUAUCCUAAGAAUCAAUUGCAGAUCCAAAGAGUAUUCAGUAGGCAAGGAUAGAGAUUGAGAGAACAAUGUUGUGCAAUGUACUGCCAUUGAGGCUGGGUAGUGGAAUGGACAUUCAUUUGCCAUUCAUUACCCAACAUUCUGAAAUUGAGGGGGAUCACUUAGAUAGGUGGGGCCAUCGCUUAGCUAGCUGAACUGAUCUCAUGAUAUACCACAUAAAAAUAAGAGAGUUCAGUUUCAGAAGCAAUGGACAUAAGUCAAGUAUAGAUAAAGCUUCAAAACUGUGACAGUUAUACAAAGUUAAAAUGGCCAAAGUAUGUGGACAAAUAACUCUAUCAGCAGCUCUGACAAGAGGAUUUCAUCUCAAGUACCUAGUAGAUUGAUUUACUUUACAUCAUAUGAUAUUUCAUUUCAUUAUAUGAUAUAGUUUAAUCAUUCUUUCACAAACAUAUACUCUCUUGCGCUUGAUAUAUAAAGAAUACUUCUGUUUCUAUUUGGUGCAUUUUCCCCACCAAAAUGACUCCAUUUUUUUUUUAGCAUUGUCCAUUCCAUAUUAUUUCAUCUCAUCAUAUAUCCCACAUAGUGUACACAUCUCAUUAGAGUUCUGUUGUACUGUAGUCGUUCCUAGGUUACAUAUAGAAGACAUGUACAAAGCUGUCCAACCUGUUAACCCAUUAAAUACUAAAUUCUCUCAUUUCACUAGGCUUAUCACAAGAACCAGCCAAUUCUGUAGGUAAUGGAUUAAUCCUAUAAACAUAAAGGGUUGAAUUCACUCUAGAAGAUUUAAUCCACAGUCUAAACCAUGGUUUUAAACCUCCCCCUGAACUAAAAGAAGUAACAACAAAAAAUUAUUUCAAUAUCACUUUAUUUACAAUCACGAUUAUUAUCCAAGGAAGUUUUGGUAAAAACAAUUGUAUAGAUACUUCCAAAAAUAGUAUAGAAAAGUAGGAAAGAUAAAAAAGCCCAGGUACGUCUCACUAUUUAUGAUGAAAUGCGCUAUAUUCAACUUAACUUAAAACACACAAAAAAUCCAGUUCUGUAGGUAAUGGCUUAAUCCUACAGACAUAAAUGGUCGAAUUCACUCACACGAUACAAAAGCGUAUAUUAUUGCCCAAUCGUUGGACAGGAGGACACACAUUUACUACGCUUACAAAGGUUUAAACCAUAAGUUAAGAUAAACCACGAUCUUGAAUUUGGACCAAUCUUUGUGAUCCAUUCUGGUUUUUGUGAAAGUGGGAUAUUUUGGAGUUUUGUGACAUUUCUCUGCAAUGUGGGUUAAGGUUGGACAGUUUAGCUAGAAGUAGAUUGUAUAUUGUGGAUGUGAUAGUAGGAUGUACCUAGGAGACACACUAUCGGUUUAUUCAUUACGCUGAGUUUUUUCUACCAUUUUUGUGUGCAAUAUCUGUUACAAUAAUGACUAACAACUCUUCUAGAUUUGUAAAACUUGUGAGGUAGAUUUUGUGUUUGAAAGUGUACAAUGGGAAUUAUCCUUUAAGAUUUAAUAGGAUAUUCUAGACUUGUAUGAUGGUUUAGGCUGCUGAAGAUUUGUCGCCAUCAUCAGUGUCAUAAUCCUUAUCAUAACCAUCAUCAUCAUCAUCAACAUCAUCACCAUCAUCUUAGCUUGCAUCAUCAUCAUCAUCAUCAUCUUUUCUCCCAUAAUUUCAUAAAUACCACCCAAUAAAGAUCCUUGUUCCUUGUAAUUGUAAUCUUUGUCCUCAUUUCAUUUACUUUUGAUAAACAACCAUUACCUAUGUUCUGCAUAAAAGCUGCAGGUGAGUUACAGAAUGGACUCUUUGUAUAGCUCUGUAAAUUUGUUUAUAUCGUCAAGAUGGUGUAUAUUUUGAAUGUUUUGUUGUAAAUUUUGUUUACAUGUCAAUUAUGGACCAAAAGGACUUUGGUAUAUUAAUCUGCUCAGGAUUUGUGAGGAAUGUGCAAAGCAGUGAAAUAGAUUCAAUAAUCAAAUUUUCAGAUAAUUGAUCUUCCAUUUUAUCUACAUUUUCUUUCAAAGGAUUUCUGUAAAUUACGUUGAAUCCGUGCAAUAUUUAUAUAAAUGUGGACAUAUUUUAAGGCUUUUGAAAACAUAAAUGACUAACUAGAGAAUUUGUUUUGCAUUUUCACAUUGUGAAAUACAGAAUACAAAUAUGUAUGAAACUUAAUUAAUUCGAACUUAUUCAGUUCAAUAUUAUUAUUAUAUAUUCUAAGUAUUUUUAAGUCUGUGUAUUUUUUGAGAUGGUGUAAAUGGUCCAGGUUUUUUUGAAAGAAGGAAACAAAGAGAUAUAGACAUAUUUUUCAGAAGGAUGCACUUAUCAUUCAAUUUGAUUUGGGAAUAUUUCUCCCAAUUAGGAGCUUGAAAGUGGCACCUUUGUAUCAAAAUGGGGAGUACAUCACCCCUCUUCACACCACAAUGGAAUCCACUUCCAAAUGAUUUAAUAUUUGUUUUCAAUCAAAACUUUCAUGUGAGAUAUGUCAACACCAAACAGGUGACCAAUUUUAGACGCUCGAUGAUUCAUAUUUCGAAGGGGUUUACAGAGGGCUGCUUAAAGUGAGAAAAACAUGAAUUUCAUUGUGGCAUGACACUGCGACCGAUUGUUGUCUCAUGUUUUAUCAAGGGUAUGAGGAGCUGUUAAUAAAAUUGGGGAAUUUAAAUCAAUUUUUUCCUGCCAAGUUAUGGCAUCAGCCACUUACAUAGUGGUAGAUGGAUCACUUUAAAAAAAAUUGUUCACCUACAGAAAAUUUGAUUUUGAAGGGGAACAGCUGUGAGCGCAACAACUGUAUAGGGUAGAUUUCUCAUUGUCCACAGGAUGAAUAAUCUUGUGAUAGACUGAUGAUAAUGCUCAGUGUUUUGAUAAAGACUCCAAAGAAUGAUUGAAGAAUUACAGAGUUCAAAACAUUGGAGUAAGGUUAGGGCUUAACAUUUAUAUUGGUAUAUUAUUGGCAAAGUUACCCAUGAUACCCGACUUGCUGUGUAAAAUCCUGUACUUACUAAUAAUGUGUACCUAACAAAGCGACAAAUUAUGAUAGAGUUGGGUUGUGUCUAUAUUUUGAUAGACAAAAUUGCUGCUCAUGUUACUCUUAUACCAUCCGUUUGGGGCCAGUAGGGCCUUCACUCUUAUAAUUUUACACAUAGGUAAUGCCCUUCUGGCUCCAAACAGACAAAAAUGUCAUUCAAUAUUUGAUCUAGGAAGCUCUUCCAAAGGGUUCCUAGUAGUUUCUCAUCAAGUAGAGUCAUGCAUGGGUUUCUUAGUAGGUCCAUGGUUUGAUCAAGCCUUUAUGAUAGAUUCCUAGUUAUGUCUGGCGAGUGAACUGCUUGACCACUGGACCUUCCUGGUCACUCAUUGAGGUCAGGUUACUGUCCUGUAAUAGUAGCCAGGGAGGUGAGAUGACCAAGGGAAAAUACACCAAGGUGAUGGUGACAGAUAGGUGAGGUGUUGUUGUUGUAAAGAAUCUUCUAGUGUCUUAUGGAACAGCCAAAAAAAAUAUCCAAUAAAUAUAGUAGUCUUUUCUCAGAGAACAGAUCCUUGGAUUACACAUAGCACAACCUUUUCUAAAAGAGCAUAAGAAGAAAAAAUAAUAUAUCUUGAAGUGUGUAUCAUUGUCAUACACUUUCCAAUGAUUCGAUGAACAAUUGCAUCAACAAUCUGGCUUAAUUGUGUGUGGUCACUUCAUUAUCUUUCAUUUCAUCGAUUCAAAAAGUCUAAGCCUGCAGACUAGACAUAUGUUUGUGUUUUGGAAUAUAAUAUCUGAGAUAAAGGAUGUACAAUUGGUGAGUUAGAUAGGUGAUCCCAAACCUCCACUCCUUACCUCUUAUCACCUUCACCGAUCAUCAUCGUUGGUCACUAUCUUGGGAAACAACUUGACCUGGUUUAGGAAAUAUCAUGAUUUAGCAGAAAUAUUAAAAGCAUUUGGCUCUAGAAGAAACUCCUUGAGUAUAUAAACAUUUGUGUUUGUAACAUGGACACUUAUGAAUAUAUUUGUAUUUAAACCUUAGUCAUGUUCAUUUUUUCCUCACUAUUUAAGCUUUGAAGAAAUGUUUCUCUGAAAUUAAUAUCCCUGUAGUCCCACAUCCUUCUCUCUGCGUUAGUCAUACGGUAAAAGCACCCACACACAUGUUCGGUGUGCAGCAGAUGAUAUUAUGCAUGUGCCCAUGGGAUUCUUUGUGUUGUACGCUUGACUGAUUGAGUGACGUUGACGGAUCCCGUAAAUUCAAACCCGACACCAUAUGGUAGGCGAAUAUUUAGGGCAGAUAAUUGAUAGAAAUUGGAAACAAAAUGCGAAACAAGAUGAGUAUGCUAGUUUUGAAAGUGUUCGCAAUAUUUCUACAGAUGUGUAAUAUAGUAACAUGUGUGUGAAAAUGUAUUCAUAACAUGACAGCUUAAUUAAAUUGACCGCAGUUUACUUGGGGGAUUAGGAAUGACGUCAAUUACAUCAUAGGAUUUCAAGGCAGUCACGUGAUUGGAUGUUUUAUUUAUCCCUUUAUGCCUGUAUCAUUGUGCAAGAACAUGUUUCAUUGUAUGAAUUAUUUAUGUGGGUUAUAACUAACACUAAGAUCAAGUAGUCAUAUAAUCAAUGAGCACCUCAGUUUUGUCCUUCGAGAAUAAAUCUUGUCAUAACUCAGGAGACAGAUUAUCUAAGAUCUUUUACCUUUUCACACUUAAAUGCCCAUUUAAUAAGUUGACGUAGGAUAAAAGAAAGGAAGUUGAGGAGAAAAGAGGCCAGAUGUUGGACGUGACCCAGAGACGUAAUCCCAAGGGAACCCAGCUCCAGGCAGAUUAGAUUUCAUGAAAGAAGAAAGAUAAAAAAUGUCCGGGUUUCCCUCUCAUUUCUUGACAGGUGCGUUUCAGUGCCUCAGAGGAAAUCUUAUUGUCUGGCUUUUAUUCAAUUCAACCUGUAAAACACAAACUGACAUCAUGAGACACUUCUGCAAGUACCUACGUGUAAAUGCACCUCAACACAAAUUCACAUCGUGAGAAACUUCUGGAAGUGAAUGCACCUCAAGACACCUUGUACUGUGUAUGAUGUUUUGAGGGUUUGUUUCAAAAUAAAAAAGAUUCUAAGUUUUUUUUACAUGUCGUUUAAACAAUAACAAUUCUCUGAAUAUGCAUAGUGGAAUCAAUCUGUUUAUGUGUAUAAAUGCAUUUUCAGAUUAUAGACUUCCACAGUGCACCUAUUUUCCUGUUGGAUGUAUAUGUAUAUGAGUGGGGUAUUAAGUAUUGGUUGACUUGGCAUAUACAUGUAUAUUUUACAUCUGGUUUAGAUAAGCAUGAGUUGUAAUUAGUACUUUAGUUUCUACUAAAAUACAUAAUUAGAAUAGAAACUAAACUGUCAUAAAGAUAUAACUCUGUUUUAGAUCAUAAUUAGUGCCCUAUUGGUUCUGAGCAGAGGAUAUUUCCUGUUCUUCAAUAGUGUUCUCAGUAUUCAUUAUUUCAAUCUUUCAAUUCAGAUCAUCUUUUUGUAUUCCUACCUUGUAAAUAUAUACAUGUAUAUAUGACAUAUUUUCCAUGUAUAUUGUUGGUCAUGUAUAAACUGUGAAUAUAUAUUUGGCAGAUUCAUCUUUUUGUUGAAUACUCUAAUUGCCAGUGUUAAUAGAUUAUAUUUUAAAAAUUGAUGUAAAGAGUAUCCCUAUAGGAUACAUUUAAUUCAUACAAUGUGAAUAAUUUUAUGUAUGAUAACAGAUGUAGAUAUAUUUUUGUAUUAUAUCAGCUGUAUUGACUGUUGUGUAUAUGGGUUUCGCAGUUCUGAACAUUGCUUCCAGAAAAAAUAUAUAUAAAUUGUAAAAAUUGCAACUUGUAGAGAAAGGAGACAUUUAUUAUCAUGGAUUAUAUUUCAGUCAAGAUAGAUUACAUGUAAUAAAGGCAUAUUGUUACUUCAUCUAUUUUUAAUGCAUGCCAUUUUUUAUAUAUCAUCUUCAUGAAAAGAGUAGUUUAGUAACAAAGAUAAAUCUAAUGCAAUGUGUCAGAUGUUUUCAGAACAGAUUUUGUUUCUAUUUUCUGUGCAUAUACUCCAGUACAUGGGCCUUUUUCUGCAAUAUAUAUUUUGUAUGAUCGGAGAGAUCUAAGUGAUUUUAAUAAUAAAAAUGAAUCAUGCAAUUGA